ACAGAGAUCAAAACAAUGGAGUAUGUUAUUUGUACGGCACAAAAUUUCUGGAGUGAUACAGAGGCUCAACUGUUGAUGGACAAGUUUCGCGAUUAUCAACAUGAAGUUGGUCCAAUGAAAAAGUUUAAAAACAAGAAAGCCAUGUGGGAAAAAAUAUCAACUGAUAUACUUUCUGAGCUAGGAUCACUUAAGACAGGAGCACAAUGUGAAAACAGGUACAAAACAGUCAGGAAACGUAAAGGUUGGGUUGACAACCAAGAUGAUAAGGGAGGAGGUUUGGACUUAAACGGAGAAAGUCCCAAAAGGAAAAGAUUUCCUGAUGAUAACAGAACAUCAUCUGGAAAUUCAAGGAUCCAAACAGAUGGUUCAGAACUAUUAAAAUCUACAGAUGUUACAGAAACAACAGGAGAUGACGUGGAAGUGAGGAGAGGAGUUGGUCAAGUUAGCUAUAGUAACGCCGCAUGUGAUUCUAACGACGAAGAUGAAAAACGGGAUAAAAAGCGAUUCCGUCAAACCUUGUCUACAGUAUUACUACAAAUUCAUCGAGAGAAGGAAGAAGCGAGAGAGAGGCGGCAUCAAGAAAAAAUGGAGCUACUUAAACUGUUGUUACAGUAGAUUAGGGAUAAAUAUUUUAACCUUGAUCGUAUGACGUGCAGUUGCUGAUAUGUACAUUCUUUACAUUUAAUGGUUGUUUUUUGUCUGGCCGUCUGUCUUGUUUGCUAUCAAGGAAAUGACUAAAUUAGCUCAUUGUCGUAGCUAGAUUACAAGUGUGUGGCUGCGCCACCUUUCAGACUAUUAGAUAAUGCCGGCCAACCUAUGUGACCAACUGUUUCAUACGCAACCACACUCCUGUUCCUCUUUUUUUCAGUAAUGAUUGGUGCCAACGAUCUAAGGCUAGGUUGUAAGGAAAACCAUUGUGGUAUCUCAUAUUGUAUGUGUUUGGCAGGCCCAGUAGAUGGUAUUGUAUCAUAAUUGGAUUUGUACUAUUCUGAUCUAUGAGAAAUCGGACGUGACUUGAGGUAAAUUGUAACUUUUCAAUCACGUCAAUAACGUUAAAAAGCUCCAGUUGACUCUGUUCUUUUAAAAUUAAAUUCAACCAAUUUGGACUAAGACAGUAGCAUAUGCUUGUCGGGAUCAGUGUCACGUCAAAUCGAUCACAGGAAGUCGUUUGUUCAGUUCUGAAAUACAGACGUUUUUGCGAAGCAA